UACAAGAUAUAUAUAACAAAUAACAAAGUUGUUCUAAUUGGAGUAUAUCAUUCUAUAAAAUGCUGACAAUAUUGGGCAAAUUAAAAUGAAUGCAUACGCCCUAAUUUGCAAAAUAUAAAUAUAUAAAUAUAAGUGGCAAAAUAUCGCGAGUGUCAGCUCGAGAGGUUUUCCAACACUAGUUGCUUUUGUUUUUAUUUGACAAUUAAAUAACAUACAUUUUCUAUUGAAAAAGAUAACUAAAUCAAACCUACGUAAAAAAAUUGAACUCGGGAAGCAAAUAAUUUUAUGCAAAGCAUUUGUUCUAGCACUCCCUAUGUCAUGGUCAAAUGGACUAGUCAAGGAAAUCCUAAAACCAGAGAGUUUGAUAAUUUCAUCGGAAAUCGCAGUGGUUAUUGCAGACAAGUUUCCCAAGGCAAGGCAUCACUACCUGGUGCUGCCCCUGGCGGAUAUUCCCAGCAUCUUUCACUUGAACCGCAGCCAUCUGCCGCUCUUAGAGGAGCUUCAUCUGCUGGCCAGGAACGUUGUGGAGGUGAAGGGAGUGCACUGGCAGGACUUUAGCGUGGGGUUUCACGCGGAGCCGAGUAUGCAAAGGCUCCAUUUGCACGUCAUUUCCAGGGACUUCGUAUCACCAAGUCUGAAGACCAAAAAGCAUUGGAACUCAUUCAACACCGAGCUGUUUGUGCCCUACACACAACUGUACGCCCAGCUAGAGAAGGAGAAUACCAUUGCGAGGCUUCCGAAAUCACUGAAAGACGAGCUGCUGGCCAAGCCACUUAUUUGUAAUCAGUGCGAAUUUGUGGCGAAAAAUUUGCCAACACUCAAGGAGCAUCUGGUGGGGCACCUACUCGAUCCAAAUCCCAUUCGCAAUGAACCACAGUGACGACUAGGGAACCAGUUCCACCCCACAGAGAGCCGAGAAGUCAGCCGUGCUAAUUUCAGACAAUCACAACCUAAAUUAUUUGAUUUCGGGGAUUUCUACGAAUACGAAUACCUAAUCGAAUCUAGCACCAAAAUGGAACUGGCAUAUAUCCGAGAUGAGCUGAAGCGCAAGCUAAGUGAUAGCAGGAACUUUCUUAUCGAGAGUGAUCGGGCGGUGGUCAUUAAAGCAGAUUUUCCCAAAUCGCAAUACCACUUUCGGGUGGUGGCCAAGGAUGAGCUCAGGGAUAUAACUCAGUUGACCGAAGAGCAGCUGCCCUUGCUGGAUCACAUGAUGGAUCUGGCCAAUCAAGUCAUCGAGAAGCAGGACCACCUGGAGUCGCGUAACUUUCGCAUAGGUUUCAAAGUGCACACCUUCUGGAAUCGUCUAAAUCUACAUGUUAUUUCUGACGACUUCUACUCAAUGGCCAUGAAACGUCCGCAGCACUGGAAUAGUUUCAAUACGGAACUAUUUCUGCCCCUUCAAAUGGCACACAUGCUGCUCAGUGUGCAGGGAUCCAUUGAACCCAUUCCGGAAGAGAGGCUCAAAGAGUUGGAGCAUCAGAUGCCAUUACGAUGCAACCAGUGCGAUUUUUCUACCGAUCUGCUGCUGGAUUUGAAGGCUCACCUGUAUCACCACUGGUUGCAUAAGGAAGGCGAGCGUGAACAGAAGAAGAAAAUGGAUAAAAUAAUACAAAUGCUGAAUGAGCCCAUGCUGGAUGAGGCGGCCAAACCGAAGCAGCUGUCUGAAGAGCCUGCUCAAACUCAGCCAGUUGCUGAUAUUGCCCCGAAACGCAAUCCAACUCAGAGAAAACCCUUAACGCCACAUCAGCAGCAGGGCAAGCAGCAGGCCCAGCAUGGCUACGACAACCUCGUGUACGGACCUCCUGUCAACAUAAUGAAUCAGAACAAUCCCAACAAUCCAUUCCGGAACACUCCGCCCUUUAAUAUUAAAGCACAAGCACUGAAUCCGCCGCGACCCAUGCAGCCCGGCUUUAGGUCUCGUGGACCUAGGCCUUUUCAACGACCAAUGGCUCCUCACAGUGGGCCGCGCUUUCCGCCUAGUCACCACCAGAACAGAUUCAGACUUCCGGGAUACAACGCGCCCCAUCAGCCUAAUCCAAUGGUCGGCGGUCAGGCUGAGCCGCCAGGUCAGCAACAGGGAGCUAGGCCGAAAACGAAUCGAAGAUAUGGUUCCGGUUCUCAGCAUCCAAAUCAGAAACAUAAAUCCCAGGACAAGCAGCUACCUAAAUAACUUCCUGGAACGCCACAAUAUCGACGAUUAAUUCUAAGCCAGCUUAGGAUCAUGUAUCCUAUUGAAACAUUUCCUUAUACGAAACUACUAUCAGAAAGACUUUAGAUCCAAAUUGUCAUUUUAAAGGGAAGCAUGGCUUCAUGAGUAAUACUAAUCAUCCAAAAUCAUUUCACCCAACCCAAGGUUUACUAUUUCUAAUUGCUUAGAAACGAAAAUGGAAUGAAAAACUUAUUAAAUUUGAUAAUUUACAAUAAUUUGAUAAUUUACUAAUUUACAAAUAUGCAUAUUAUACACAUAACAUUGCCAAACUAUAAUGCUAUUUUUUUAAUCUAUUCAUAUGUCUGAUGAAAUAAAUUAGUAUUGAAACCCCGAAAAUAUCAUAACUGUA